CCGCAUUUCUCAUUCGUUUUCCUCGCUGCGCUCCUGAUAACUAUUCGAGGAUGUUGGAGUGAUGAUAUCGUUACUGCUGUCUGCUGUCUGCUGUCUAGGUUGCAGAUGUUUGGUAGAUUGCGCCUGCCUCCACUCGCUCGCUACGGUAGCGCUAUGAUGCGUCCCCGCAGCGGCCGCCGUUGCACGUUCCUGGCUACGCUCCUGUUGUGGACAUCCCUCUCGCUUUGUUCGGCCAUUUAUGUGCAGAAGAACACCACCAACGUUCCGGGUUACACUUUACUGCAGGGAAUAUCAAGCGUACCAGCGCCUUUAACGGUUGCGCCAGAUCAGGGUUGGGCUGGAAUUGAUGGGUCGUGGAACACCUUCAGCUUAAGAGCAGGCUCACAGCAAGCGAUUAUUCAAGUCAUACCAUCAACGUCUAGUCAGCAAAUAUGGGUCGUGGACCCAGCAGGGUGUACUGGCGUGUUUGAAGAUACACUCACCAAUACGACCGUUGAGCAACUCGACAGCAGCUGCAAGAGCAGCCGUGGUCAAUUGUUCAAUAUCAUAGGCUCAAACACAUGGUAUGAGCAGGGCUUCUGGGCUCUCUGGGUUGGCCGCGAUAACUUUGGCCUAUCUGGAAAUGGACAUUACGGUUAUGAUACGAUUGGACUCGGUUUACCUGGCGAAGAGGGUCCAUCGGUCGACAACACCACGAUUGGUACCCUCAAGAACCCCAACUUCUGGCUGGGCCACUUAGGCCUGCACCCAAAACCGACUAACUGGUCAACGGAUGUAUCGACAAUACCACCUGUCCCAAGCUAUAUGACUAUGCUAUUCGAGCAAGGCAACAUCCCCAGUCGUUCUUAUGGCUUCACAGCAGGCUCUCAGUAUCACGGUGUAGCAUUCCUCAGCAGCUUGACUCUCGGUGGUCACGACGCCUCACGAUACAUUCCUAAUGACGCCUUAUUCGUGUUUGCACCUGACAAUGAACGUGAGCUGGUAGUGGAACUCGCGGGGCUGACCGCAAACACCAGGACUCAGUCCAACAUCAACCUCCUUCCAUCUUCAACCGGCAACGUAACGCUCUCAAUCGACACGACUGUCGCAGAGCUCUGGCUACCCCAGACGAUCUGUGAUGCUUUUGAGGAGGCAUUCGGCCUGACGUAUGACAACAAGACUGGGCUUUACCUCGUGGACGACCUACUCCAUGAAACAUUGAAGGCGCAGAAUCCCAGCAUUACAUUCAGCUUACGACAGUCAUAUUCCUCGGAUCAGAUAAUCCACAUCACACUGCCUUAUGGUGCAUUCGAUCUGCAAGCCCAGCGACCGUACAGGGGCUUGAAUGACACAACAAAGUACUUUCCUCUGAGACCCGGCAAAGACGAAAGCCAGUGGGCUCUGGGGAGAAUGUUCCUGCAGGAAGCAUACAUUACAGUUGACCACGAACGCGCUCGAUUUGGCAUAUAUCAGUGCGACUGGAGCUACGGAAAGCCGUCGGAAGUUCUGCCCAUUGUCUCUCCAGACUAUGCGAAAUUGGCACCUACUGUCUCCAAGACGAAUCGGACUGGAGAGUCACAUACAGGGGUAAUAGUCGGAGUUGCAGUAGGCUGCGUGUUCCUCGUGGUCUUCAUAGGUACUGCAAUCGCCGGACACUUCUGGCGGCGACGUUGCAACGCAAUAGUAGCGCAGCGUGCGAAGGAAGCAGCCGAUGCAGAAGCCGCAAGGAAGGCGUCACCCACUGACACAGACGAGUCUCCUUCUUCACCCACAAGUGAGAACGGACCAAACGUGUUCCCCAAGGCCGAGCUGCCCGGACAAACAAACGUCUACCGGCAUGAGAUGAGUACAGACGGGAAGGAGACAGGCUCUAUUGAGGUGUUGGAGGUGGGCAAUACAGAGCGACCAGUUUAUGAGAUGAUGGGAGACAUUCCUAAGCCGCAGGAAGCCGCCAGUCGCCAGCUAUCUGAGAAAGAGUCGAUGAUGGUGCGAGAGAAGAACGUCAAUGGUGUCGAUCCACAUGCUGUAGCCGAGACUACAACGACAACUCGGACUCGACCUGCACCAUUGGUCUCUCUGGAUGAGAUUGUCAUGCUCAACAGCACAUUACCAACCGCGGGUGUGUCACCCGUUACACCACGAGCACCCAGGGAUGGAGCCCACCUGGAAGCAGGUGAUACGUUCUACCAGCUACCAGCAUACCGCGCACAACAAGAUGGCCACUUGUUGGAAGAUUCGCGCUGUCCUGUUUCUCCUCUUGAUGCGCCCGAUAACUCAAGGCGGCGCUUUUCCUACGAGUCGUGAUUAUGAGGGUGUGGACUCGGGUUGCUGACUAUAAUUGGCCUUUUCGGUGGUGUUGGCGCCAUCGGUAAUUCAAUCUCGAUCGCAUUGAGCGGCACACGGAGCGACCGGGGCGGCGGGUAUGGCGUCCACGGUCUUAGACAUGUCUGCAGGACUGGGGUUCAGAUAUCACGGCGUUUGUCAUUUCUAUUCGAAUACCCCUUCAUGUGUGUACUUACAGGCUUUCUCAUUGUCAGACAUAUUCUGUCGUUAUCGAACCAUGUUCCCAAG